UGAGCGACUCGUAUUUCAAGAGUACAGAAUAUUUUAUCGGUGGCUUCAGAUUUCUCUAUCUUUCUCCCUAAAUUUAUAUAUUUGUAAAAAAAUUUAGUUUUAAUUUUGAUGAUUUUAUUACUUCAACCAACAUUAUUCUGCCUGAUUUAUUGGAUGAAUUGAACACAAAGUAAAAUUUCAGGCAGUAAAUUGGCGAAAGUACGAUGGUUUGGACGCACAACGGAGCUCUUUGCGCUCCUGGCAAGUGCAAUGCAUCUAUGUUGACCUUUUUAACUCUACUGGCACAAUAUUUGGGAACUUCCUUUGAUUCACACAUCGUGGGUUUCGAUGAUGGAUCUACCGAUUUUGACUUUGUAAUUGUGGGCGCUGGAAGUGCCGGAUGUGUUGUUGCUAAUCGCUUGUCAGAAGAAAAAAGUUUCAAAGUUCUUCUACUGGAAGCAGGAGAUGAAGAACCUGCAUAUGCUGAUGUUCCUGGUUUGGUCACUUAUUUACGAGGAACGAAUUUAGAUUACGGUUAUACUACUCAACCAGAACCACAAGCAUGCAUGAACCAACCAAAUCGACAAUGUUCGUGGACACGUGGUAAAGUGAUGGGUGGUUCUAGUGUAUUUUACAGUAUGCAUUUUGUUCGAGGCAAUAAAUGGGAUUAUGAUAAUUGGGCUAAUCAAGUUGGAGAUGGAAGAUGGACUUGGCCCAAUAUUUUGAGCUAUUUCAAAAGAUCCGAAGAUUUAAGGAUUCCACGUGUUAUGGCAGAAAACCCUUAUAGUCAUGGCGUAGGAGGAUAUCAAACCAUUGAAGGAGCUUCUAGCUUUGAUCCGAAUGCUAAAGUUAUUAUGGCCGGCUGGAAUGAAGUUGGUUUAAAAGAAAUUGAUUACAAUUCUGGCAACAAUUUAGGGACAUCUAGAAUGCAAUAUGCUACUAUUCACGGAGCUCGUCAAAGCUCAAAUGGAGCUUACAUUCGCCCCAUUCGUGGAACACGCCAUAAUCUUAUUGUCCGAUCGAAUUCAAAGGCUACGAAACUGAUAAUAGAUCCUACUACAAAAACUAUUACUGGAGUUGAAUACGCAGGAGUUAAUGGAGAAUUGAAAGUUGCCAAUGCUAAAAAAGAGGUCAUUCUUUCUGCAGGUGCUAUAGAUUCUCCGAAAUUACUUAUGUUAUCUGGAAUCGGGCCUGCUGAAACUCUUAAGGAAUCAAAUGUUCAACUUAUUCAUGACCUACCAGGAGUAGGAAAAAAUCUACAGAAUCAUUUCUCCAUUACUCCUAUCAGCGUUAAAGUUCCUGAAAAUUCUAAACCAUUCAAUGUUAGUACUAUGCAAAACGAUUUAAUUCAUUGGAUGAAUACUCAUGAAGGUCCUAUGUCAGUUAACCCAUUCAUGGAUAACAUAGCAUUUUUGAAAACACGUUACGAACCAGUAGCUGACCUUCCUGACAUUCAAGUUGGUUAUCUUAAGUAUAAAUAUGAUCAAGAUAUCAAUGGACCACGCGUUCUUCUUCCAUAUUACGAUGGGUUCUGGUUAACAACGCUCGCACUUAGCCCAAAAAGUCGUGGUGAAUUAAAACUGGAUCCAAGCGAUCCUCUGAAUAAGCAACCUUUAAUUCAUGCCAAUUAUUUUUCAAAUCCUCAUGAUAUUAAAGUUGUGGCUGAGGGUGCACGUUUAACAAAAUUACUGACUGAAACUCGAGCAUUCAAAGAAGCCGGCUUUGAAGCUACAAGAAUUCCAUAUCCACAUUGUGAUGAAUUGGAAUAUGCCACAGACCCAUAUUACGAAUGCUUAGCAAAAAAUUAUACUGGAAUCAUUUAUCAUUUCGUUGGUACUUGCAAAAUGGGAUCAUUGAAUGACAAGUCAGCUGUUGUUGAUUCUACUUUGAAGGUAAUGGGAAUGAAAGGUUUAAGGGUAAUUGAUGCAUCAAUAAUGCCUGAAUUAACGAGAGGUAAUACUCAUGCUCCAACACUCGCGAUUGCCGAGUUGGGGAGUGAUAUGAUCAAAGACGAUUGGUUAAAAGGCCCUCGCAGAUCAUGGGCUGGUUUGUUCAAAGGUAAUAUUCAUCGUCCUCAUCAUCAUCCAGGAAUGAAUCUACAUUACGCUCCUCCACAUCCACCGAAUUAUGUAGAUUUAAGCCCACCGUCUUUUCCACAUAAUCUUCCGAAUCAUUCACUUGAACACUUUCCUCAUUCAUAUCCACAGGAAUAUCCCCGCGAUUCUGGAUUUAGAAAUAGUCAGAGACCACACCAUUAAUGUCGUCGACCAUUACAAGAUGUCAACAUGGAAAUCACAUCGGGCUUUUGAGAAUUUCAAAAACAGACUUUGAAUACGUUCAUUAAAUAAAGCCUUUAACUGAAUUAUGAAAUA